CUAAGGGCACGGCUCCGUUGAUAUUCUUCUCAAAUUUCUUUAAAAAUACUGUUUAAAUCAUGGCUUUUAAAAGUGAUCUAAAGCAAUUAGUGAAACCAUAUUAUUGGGUUAACAUUCUACUCAGUGUAUCCUAUGUAUUUGCUAAACGGACAAAUUUUACAUGUGAAUUUUUGUUUCCAAACGCCGACUGCGAACUGGACAGUCGGGAAACGGAAAUCCUAUUUUUCUUAAUUAUCGUCGUGAUGCUGAGGACUCGGAAGGCGGGAAGUGUGACAAUGGUCAAUUAUCUGUCGUCUUCAUUCGUUUAUACCAAGAUUGCUAAUUUAAUUCUGUGGUUAUAUGCAGAUGUGCGGUACGGCAUUCCCUAUGGUGCGAUUCUCAUCCUAUCAGCACUACUCCUCCCCGAACCAACUUACUCUGGUCCAGAGCUGAUCACCUACUUCCGAGGACCUCAAAUCCUGGAGGAUGAGCUAAAACACCAUAAGAACACCACAUGGCUUGUAUGUCUGUAUGCUGCAUGGCAUCCAGCGUGUGUGAACUUUGCUUCUGUCUUUGCGGAGUUGUCGGCAAGUUAUAGCUUGGAUAACUUCAAGUUUGGGAAGCUGGAUGUUGGCAGGUACCCAGAAGCCGCUACAAAAUACAGAGUGCAAGAUGGACCAACCAGUCGACAGCUACCAACUGUCAUACUCUUCAGUGAGGGGCAGGAGAAGAUGAGACGGCCACACGCAGACCACACUGGGAAGCUUCAGAAGUUUCUCUUUUCCAAAGACAACCUAAAAGCGGUGUUCGACAUUGACGGAAUAUACCAAGAGUGUAAAACUAAAUUAUCCGCCAAAAGUAAAAAGACCGAAAAAACGGAAAAGACGGAGUAGACGGAGGUGGUCUUUUAUUAGAGAAUAUAAGUGCUAAUGUAGAAGAAAUAAGAAAUACAUCAAAAUAAUAAUGUUCCUCGCACAGUAUGAUAUAAAAGAUCAAAAAGAAAAAUAUACAGGAUGUUCAGUAAGUAGCCAACCAAAUAUUGAAAAAAUAACUUGAAAUUAUUGCCAGUAUCAAAAAGAUUUGAUAUUUCAAUUUUCUUACAUGUACAAAUAAUUAAAAAAAUGUACAGUAGAAUCCUUUUAUUAUGACACUGCUUCACUACAUAGUAUAAAACAAAGUUGCUUUCUCUGUCUAUGUCCCUAUGUAUGCUUAAAUCUUUAAAACUAUGCAACGGAUUUUGAUGCGUUUUU